UUUAAUGAAUUUCAAAAACAGCUGACUGAGUUAUUAUACAGGAAAUUAAUCUUCGAGCAGUAAUGAUAUCGUUUUAUAGGACUCGAAAACGAUUGAUCUAUUCUGUUUGUCUUUAAAUGAUGGCGUAUUAUCGUUUGUUAUGGACAUUAGCUUGAGGUCGAUGUCCUUACUACUACGUGAAUGACAAUUUUCAGACAGCUUGGUUGCUUUCAUUUCGUUUCAUUCAUUGUCAAAGGAUGAUACGGUGUUGUCGUGUCCCGAGCGCUCGCUGGAGGGGUGGAAAACUCCAUUGAAACGAAUAGUGUGUGAUAUUUGUGCCAGUGAUUUAUAAGAAAAUAUAUAUCGUGUUGUGGUGUCAUGGUUUUUUUGCACUUUGAUCAUUCGUGCUUUUGAUUUUUUAGAAAGCUCAAUACAUAUCGAAUUACCAACGCCAACCAAACAGAAGACUGAUAUACAAUAUACACUACAUGAUAUGUAGAAUUAUACAAUAACAUUCCAAUACAACGCGGCAUGAGCGGCGGCCAUUUUGUGAACUCGUAGAAACAAGAUGGCGACGGCAGUGAAGACGGUGGUGGAGGCCGACGAGGCGGAGAAGCUUCUGGAGAAGAACAGGGUGACGGUGGUGCCGCAAGAGGAUGGGUUGGUGUCAGUGAAGAGCUCGAAGAAAGUUAAACUACCAGAGGAUGAGUCAGCGACGGUCGGCGGUGGUCGCUUCACCAUCGGGCCGGCGCCCGAGCGCGACUGGGAGAUGGUGCCGCCCGACGGGAAGUGGGGAUGGUGCAUUCUCGUAGGUGCAACGCUAGUGAACAUCCUGAUCCCAGGAACGAUCAAGUCGUUCGGCGUGCUGUUGGUGGAGUUCAACGACGUGUUCGAAGCGUCCGCCUCCGCCUCCAGCGGAGUGGUGGCCCUGUGCUACUUCCUAUACAGCAGUCUAGGUCCCCUAUCCUCCAUCCUGUCAGUAAAAUGGUCUUACCGGACGGUGACCCUCCUCGGCGGGACCUUCGCUGCCUUCGGUAUGAUCUUCAGUAGCUGGGCCUUCAACAUUAGCUAUCUUUACUUCAGCUUCGGCGCGCUAGUAGGCGCGGGCGCGGGUCUCGCCUUCCCUCCGACCGUGUACAUCGUGACGUCAUACUUCGUGCGCCUGCGCGGCCUCGCCAACGGUAUCUGCAUGUCGGGCUCCGCGUUCGGCUCCAUCAUACUGCCGCCGGUGCUCCGGUAUCUACUGGAGACUUACGGAUAUAAAGGGGCAGUACUGAUCCUCGGCGGGAUCAUGCUGAACGUGUGGGCGGCCGCGCUGCUGUUCCAGCCCGUCGAGGAGCACAUGGUCCGCAAAUAUAAGGAGCCUGAGGAGGAGGAGGACAACCCUCAGGACAUACUCUUCGAAGAAGAAGAACCAGUGGAAAGCUUCAAUCUCUCUCCCACCCUCCCCAGCGAAGAGAACGGACACAUAGACAAACUUACCAAAGAGAAUUCCAACGCGCUCAACCAAAACUGCACUUCGCCUUCCUCGGCGAACUUAAGACAGAAUUUGUCCAAAAGAAAACUAUCUUACACCAAACCUAUACCUAAAACCGCCUUUAGUUCAGCAUCCAUGGCUUUAGAUAGAGACGCCUCCAAAUUAGGGUCCGUAGAGACUUUUGGACGCAGACUAAGUACAGCAGGCCCUAAAAGGAACAUGUCUACGUCUAGCUUCGCGUACGUCCACACACCCUUCCACGGAUCUACAUUGUCAGCUUUCGACCAGCCUAAUGAAUUCGCUUCUCAAUUCUCUUUAAAAUCAGUAACAGAUAGCGUCGCCGAAGUAGCAUACUGCUGUUUUUGUUGCAAGAAAAAGAAGGAUAAAGAACCUAAUAAAUUCUUUGAUAUUAGCCUACUCUCCGACCCUACAUACUUGAUAAUCCUAAUAUCAAGUAGCACCGUAGCAAUAUCAUGUACAAAUUUUAUCAUCCUCCUACCAUCUCACGCUCAAAACAUAGGCUUUUCAAAAGCCAGAGGCGCGUACCUACUAAGCACUGUGUCAGCUCUAGAUUUAGUAGGGAGGAUCGGCGGUUCUGCCCUAUGCGACUUAAAUUUGAUACCGAAAACUUUCUAUUUCGUCGGCGGAUUAUUUUUUUCAGGGAUAACGUUAUCUACGAUACCGUUUUUAGAGUCUUAUGUUUCUAUAAGCGUCGUAUGCGCAUUAUUCGGAUUAGCCUCUGGGGUUAAUAAUGCUACGACUACGUUAGUUAUGGCGGAGAUUUUAGGGGUAGAUAGGUUAAUGUCUACAUACGGUAUAAGCUUGUUCGUGAACGGUAUACUACAGUUGGUGGGACCGCCGAUAUGCGGUCUCUGGUUCGAGGCCGAUGGUAACUAUAUGCAUAUGUUUUUGACGUUUGGGUUGAUAUAUAUGGCCGGGGCGGCGUUGUGGAUAUUAAUGCCUUUCGUUAACAGGAGAAAGAAGAGGUUAGCGGAGCAGAAAGUGCAGGUUUAAUAAAGUUUCAACUUAGCUAAUAAUCUCAAAUUAUGAUGGGUCUUUAUAUUGUGGCCCCAAAAGUUUUGAGUAAAUGUAUGUAUGAAAUUUGAGCCAAUUCCAAAGACUAGUGAAUAAUAGAGACGUUAUUCGCCAUAUGAGUUGUCGUUCUACGUCAUUGUUGUAGAUGGCGCCACUUUGGACUAAGACCAUAAUCCAUAUUAGGUAUCUGAAAUACUUUUAAAAAAAUGGAACCUCUGGUUGAUGUGAUGUGAUGCCAUAUACAUCCAUUAACAAUUAUGAGGUCGAGAGCGAAACAUUAGCAUGAAUUUGAACACUACAAGUCUAUAUUAUUCACUUGUCUUUAGUAACGCCGAACUUUCAGGGAUUUAGCAUAAAUAUGAACCCAAUUAACUCGUAUAUAGAAUUUAUUUUUGUACUCUAUUAAUGUACGUCUAAGCAUAGACAGAGAAAUAACAAGACGAAAAACGAAGUGAAUAAUAUUAUGUAAAGCUGAACUAUACUCUGUAUCUUUAGGUAUUAAAAUAAAAGUAAACAAAAUCUACCCUCAAAUGUCUCCUUAAGCCAGUUGAGGGUAGAUGAAAACAUUACCCGAUCAAAUAAUGUAGGUUAAAGUCAGGCCGUUCAGUGACAGAUCCAGGCGCUUUUGUAUUUGGUUGGUUAUCCAAUAAAUGUUAUAACUACCCGAAAAUGUACAAAUUGAUUGUUUACUUUUAUUUAAAUACCUAAAGAUACAGACUAGAUGGCGCUAU